UGAUUCCGUCACAUGUCAGUACUCUUGUUCUUUAUAUAAAGACGCGCCAUUUCAUCAUUCAGUUCAGAUCUGCUGAACAAUAGCGAAACAUUGCGACACAGAUAACAGAAAGAAUUAUGAAAUUGAUAGUUGGUGUUGUUUUACUAUCCGUGGUUACACAUGGUGUAUGUACCGAUCAGACAGAGAUUAUUACAAAUGAACAGACACUGAUGAAAAGUAACUUGGUUGCGAUUUUGCCAAAAUUAGGAAAAACAUUUUAUAUUUAUUUUAAAAUAAAAUUGAACAGUUUUUCACAUGGUUAUAGAAGUGUCAUUCAUUUGACUCUUGGAGAGGAUAAUGUAAAAUACGGUGAUCGAAUUCCUGGCAUUUGGAUUUAUGAAGAAAAGUUGGUCUUAGCUUUUGCAAUAAGUGGUAAUAAAAAUGAGUAUUUUUUUUCCAAACCACUUUCAUUAAACCAGUGGAUACCUGUUAUUAUAACUCAACAAAGUCAUCCGUUAAAGCCAAUUUUUGAAGUAUAUAUUAAUCAUGAAUUAGUAUUUGAAAAAGAAAACUUAAACCAAAAAGAAUUUACAAACAUCAACGUAUAUGCUGGCGAUCCAUGGUAUGAAGUCCAGGAUGGCUCUAUCAAAGACUUCUUUGUCUAUAACUACCCUGUUGAAACGAAAAAAAGUUUGAAAAAGGAUUCCAUACAAAAAAAGAUGUUUGGGCUCAAAUUUUAAAGUGGAAAAAACGACUUUUUUCUGCUUUGAAUUCGUACUUUUUUAUUUCAAAUAUCUUAAAAUAUAUCA